AGGCAUCUGUUUCCUUCAGUCACCAUGCCACCCUUCAACCAGAGUGCUGCCUACCCACCAAUCUUCUUCCUCACUGGCAUUCCUGGUCUUGAAACCUCUCACACCUGGAUCUCCAUCCCUUUCUGUUGUCUGUAUGCCAUCGCCAUCUCUGGGAACAGCAUGAUCCUCUUUAUCAUCAUCACUGAAUCAAGCCUCCAUGAACCCAUGUACUAUUUCCUGUCCAUGCUGUCCUUCACAGACCUGGGUCUGUGCCUUUCCACACUGGUAACUGUGUUGGGCAUCUUCUGGUUUAAUGUUCAAGAAAUUAGCUUUGAUGCAUGCAUUGGCCAAAUGUUCUUUAUUCAUGGCUUUACAUUCAUGGAAUCUUCAGUCCUCCUGGUGAUGGCCUUUGACCGAUUUAUUGCCAUCUGUAACCCACUGAGGUAUGCUAUGAUCUUAACCAAUUCACGGAUCAUUGCAGUAGGUUUUGCAAUCAUAAUUAGGGGAACCACAGCUCUUGUUCCUUUACUCCUGCUCCUCAAGCGUCUGUCCUUUUGUCGUAGUCAUGUGCUCCAUCAUUCCUACUGCUUCCAUCCUGACGUGAUGAAGCUUUCAUGCUCAGAUACUAGGGUCAACAGUGCCUUUGGCUUGGCCAUUGUCAUCUCUACUGCAGGCUUGGACUCUGUCUUGAUCCUUCUCUCCUAUGUUCUAAUCAUCCAUUCUGUCCUUUGCAUUGCAUCCAAGGAGGAGCGGAAAAAGGCGUUUGGUACCUGUGUCUCCCACCUCAGUGCUGUUGCCAUCUUCUACAUCCCUAUGAUAAGUCUGUCAUUGGUGCACAGAUUUGGGAAACAUGCCCCUCCCUUUGUGCACACUCUAAUUGCCAAUGUUUAUCUGCUGAUUCCCCCAGUAAUGAAUCCCAUAAUCUAUAGUGUGAAAACCAAACAAAUCCGCAAGGCCAUGUUGAAAGUAUUCUUACUUAAGCCAUCUUAGGAAAGUUUUAAAGUUAUUUUUUAAACAGAGUCUUCCUUGAAUUUCUGUUUUAUUAUUCACUUGUGUGAUUUAAUACUGUAGCUUGAAAGAGUCUGUUAACUAAUACAUUUAAUUUAUUUUAAU